AUCACACCCGUUGGAAAAAAAAUCACAAUGAACUUUAAAUAUUUUGUAUUCUUCUUGUGCGUGUUUCUUUAUUUUAACACAACAAAUGCAUUUUCUGAUAAGCAACUCAAUAAACUUUUUGAAUCGGCAACGGAAGCCUACCCAAACCCCCGAGGCAGACAAUGUUUAGGCAUUACCCGAGAAAUGAUAACAAAUUACUUAUCAGACGAAGCAGUAUACGUGAAACAUGGAAUAUCAAAACCGGAAGCUAGUCACAUAAUUGAGUCGAUGUGGCCUGUAAUUAUGACGAGAACAGAAUUUAAAAAAUCAAUAACAUCAAAAUUAAGUUAUGAGCAACUCGUCAACAUUUAUCAAGAUGUAAAAAAUAAUCCAGAAGAAGAGGCAAUAUUUGGUUUUAUCCCGUACCCGAACCAAAGAGUUACCAAGCUUAAAGUUAAAAACUACUUACAUAAGAAUCUCAAUAAGUAUGGACUAACUAUUAUAGAUCUCGAAAGGAUAAUUCAACCCCUGUCGAAGAGUCAUAUGUCAUGGAAAACAUUUAUAAACUUAAUUUUGUUAAUGUGAGACUAAUGUAUACGCUACCAGCCGG